ACAAUUUUGCCAAUUUUUAAAAUAAAGCUUGCUUUUUAUAUGUUUUUAAAUUUAAAAUAUCACCAGGCCGUUAAACACGCAGCCCUUCUAAAGAAAUUUUUGGUUAGCAUAGGAACUUGGGAGAAUCCAGGAAACAGCAACGGAGCUUUUGAAAGUGCAGUAUACACAAAAAUCAGUUUACCCGUGGAUGAUGAUUAUUUUAAAUUGGAUUCUUCGAUUAGCGUAGAUAUUGAGCAUUUUUACGUUGAAUACGAUGACAUUGGUGUUGAACACAAACAUGUUAAUAAAAUUGAUGAAUUUCACGCUUUUAACAAUGCAAGUUUUUUGUCUUAUUAG